AUGACACUGUCACUUUCACAUUUCCUGAGCCUGCCAUUGCGUUCUACUAUUAUGGAAUUCCUCGCUGUUGUGGCGGUCUACGCCGUCAACGCCACCGACGACGGACGAAACCCUCCAAUUGUAUUGUUCUCACAGAGGUUCAAUACCCCAAGCAUACACCAGAUUAUCAUUAAAAACGAACCUGACAUUCGAUUCGACGGACAUUCGCAGCUGACGGUCGACGGAUUCGUACUGGAAGUACCAGACCCUUCAGCAGGUUCAUCACCAUCAUCGUCAUCGACCUCUUCUACCUCAACUACCACAUCGAAUGCUACAUCGCCAUCCACAUCCGCCUCAGCCAGCUCCUCUCCACCAGUCGGCUCUAUCGUCGGCGGCGUUUUUGGCGCACUCGCCUUCCUCGCAAUAAUCGGUCUCGCCUUCUGUUUCCGCAUACGCCGACGGCCCGCGCGCGAGAACGACCACCUUGCAGAGUCCGGCAGACCAUACCCAUCCUUCGUCCAGAACUUCAGUCCAGGGAUCUCAACGGCGGCGCCGGCCAUUAUCUCUCCCACCGCAGACACAGUCUUUACAUGGGGCUCCUCAGCGGCCACAGGUACUGCUAGACCCUCGAGUCGCCAAGCGCGCCAGGGGCAUCACGCUCUUGGAGCAGGCCAUGCAGAGCCCCAGUCUGUGUCCAGCUUCUCAGACGCUACAUCUUCCUCGCGAGUAGGCGGGUGGGGGUCGAACUUUCCAUCAUCGCCCUCAGUAGGAUUUCGACGAGAGCGCGAUGCUGGACCGGCGCCUGUUAUGGAAGAAGAGGCUGAGGACCGUGUGCUGCCCCCAGGAUAUGGCGAUGUGUUUGCGCCGAAUAGGCGGGUAUCGACUGUUGCUGGGUCCCAGCAACAUGGUGGGGCAGAAGUGGGUGCAGGAAGUAGAAGAAGCACUGUAUCAUCUGCGUCUGGUGGACUUUCGCCUGUGCGAAGGAAAAUGUAG